GGUGAGUGGACAGUUGGAGGGGGAGAUAAAGCCAACAGAGAAAUACUCCAGCCAAGCCAAAGCAGAGAGAGAGAGAGAGAGACAGAGAGAGAAACGGAAACAGAGACAGAGGGAGAGGAGACUUGCAGAGGAGAGGAGAGAAGAGGCGGAACAAGGGAGGAGGGAGGGGUCGCCGGAAGGGGGACAUGCUCCCUCCGCAUCUCACAUCUCGCAGCUUGAACUGAGAGCAAGAGCAGAAGCCCAUGAGAUGAGACGCAAGCAAAAUAUGCAAGAAAAUGGCACAAUCAUGAUUCAGUUUGGUCAGCAAGUGCCUAACUGCGAGUCCUCAGCUAGCGAUUCUCCUCAAGAAGUGUCCGGGAUGAGUGAAGGAAGCUUUAAUGAGCAGAAUGAUCAAUCUGGUAAUCGUGAUGGCUAUGCGAAGAGUAGUGAUGAAGGCAAGAUGAUGUCGGCUUUGUCUCUGGGCAAUUCAGAAACGGCAUACACACCGCCAAAACCUGACCGCACUCAUCCCUUUGCCAUAUCAUACCCAUAUGCUGAUCCUUACUAUGGUGGUGCAGUGGCAGCCUAUGGCGCACAUGCUAUUAUGCACCCCCAGAUGGUGGGCAUGGUACCAUCCUCUCGAGUGCCACUACCGAUUGAACCAGCUGCCGCCGAAGAGCCCAUUUAUGUGAAUGCGAAGCAAUACCAUGCCAUUCUCCGAAGGAGACAGCUCCGCGCAAAAUUAGAGGCUGAAAAUAAGCUGGUCAAAAGCCGUAAGCCGUACCUGCAUGAGUCCCGGCACCAGCACGCGAUGAAGCGGGCUCGGGGAACAGGCGGGCGGUUCCUCAACGCAAAGGAGAAGUCUGAAGCUUCAGGCGGCGGCAAUGCAUCAGCGAGGUCUGGCCACGCCGGCGUUCCCCCGGAUGGCGGCAUGUUCUCGAAGCAUGACCACACCUUACCGUCCGGUGACUUCCAUUACCGCGCGAGAGGGGGCGCCUAGGGUGGGCACGCCGUUGCCCCCUGGCAAAUCAUCCUUGGCUUAUGUGUGUGGCGAAUGACCGUCAACUCGGUCCAGUGAUAUUGUAAAACUGAAUUUAGAGUCUGUGCAAUUGUGUUACUUGGGGGUUUGGUAGACAGCCCUUGUGUUUGGGGAGGGGACGAUGCAGCUGCAGCUGCAGCCGGUUCUCUUGUUGUGGUAGGUUUGUGUGGCAUGGCAGGUGCUGCUAAGCUGGAGCCUGCUUGAACUGUUUUCCUGUCACUUUGUUGUUUGGGGUAAUAAUGACCAUCUUGUAUGAUAUUAGUACUGACUUGGAGUAAGUAAUAACCAUUCCCGGCGUGAUGCAUUUGCGCCCGUGGUGGUGUUUCUGUUGA